AUGUAAAACACUACUCUAAGGAGUCAGUUCACUAGCAAUAUAGCUACCUUUGCCAAUCCAUAUCCUCGACGAGUACAGCAUUACACCUCACUGUCCCGCUCUACUUAUCCUUCACGGCUCCGUCAUAGCGGGAUUAUCCGAUAGUCCUACAUAUCACCCCUUUGUUUGACGAACUGCACCUUGCCAACGCGGCUCGUGCCGACGGGACGACCGUUGGCAAGGCUUUACCCGAAAUGGGCACACGAAAAAUUGACACACGGCUUGUAUUUUGUUUCCUUUCCUUUACUUGGGCGCCAUUCAUUGGCGCCGCGGCGGCCCAGACGGCAUUACUGGUUACGGGUAGGAGCACGGUGAAGGCGGAUGGAAGUAUAGGGGUCUACAACGGCACCCUGGAUGUCGGCAUAUCGAGCUUAUAUCUGGACACCUGGAACUAUAUGAAUGGCAAUACUUGGUUCUGGGGCAGCACCGACUACACGCUUGGGGAUGGCGCAGUCAGUUACCGCGUGCUCAUACGCUUCCAAGACGCCCACAAGUAUAUCCCCGCAAACACUGUGGUGCAAUCUGCGGAACUGACGUUGACCUUCAUCAACUGGAACAAUCCCGUAAUGGUCCAGGCCUGCUUCCUCACCAAGCCCUGGAACCACACGCAGGGGUCUGCCCCCAGGUUCCAAUCCACGGGUUGGCGCUACUCGGGUUGGAACGGCUCCGCCCCCUCCUCGUGGCGCCAGGCGGGCGGCUGGGCGGACUGCUCCUCGGACGUGCUGCUGCAGCUGCUGGUGCCGCCGGACGGGGUGUACGGCAGCGUGCAGCGCACCCUGCAGCUGGACCCGGGCCGGGUGGCGGCGUGGCUGGCCAACAACGGCAGCGCGAAUUACGGCCUGCUGAUCAGGUCCCUGAACGGCACCAUCGGCCUGGCUGGCAGCCAGUGGAGCAAGGACGCCCCGCUGCUGCGCCGCCCCGCGCUCUCCAUCACCACCUCCACCUCCACCGCUGGCGCCACGCCGCCGCCCGCCGCCUACCCUCGCACCCUGGGUGCGGUCCCGCGGGUCUGGUGGGUGGCGCCCGGGGGGGACGACGAGGCGGGCAGCGGGCACCUCGAGCUGCCCUUCCGCAGCCCUGCGCGGGCUCUCAGCCAGGCCCAGCCGGGGGACAAGGUGUACCUCACCAGCGGGGUGUACCCGGGCGGUUUCAGCAUCGAGCGCCCCAACAUCACCCUGCAGAGCGCCCCGGGCCACUGGGCCGUCAUCUCGCUGCCGCGGACCGACCCACGGGCCGCCGCCAACGUGAUCACGCUGCGCCCGGGUUCUGACGGCGGCGUGCUGCGCGACCUAGAGCUCUGCGGCGGCUUCUACUACGGUGUGAUGUUCUUCAGCAGCUGGGAGAACUACGGCUCCCAGGCGGAGAGGGUGGCCAGGGGCGCGGCGCCGAGCGGGUGGCUGCUGGAGAACCUGCGCAUCCACGACACGGGCAGCAGCGGCGUCAAGCUAGUCAUGAAGGCCGCAAGGAACACCCUGGCGAACUGCGAGAUAUACAACACUGGCGCCCGGCUGCGGCUGGGAGGCCACGGCGUGGAAGCCGUACAAUCGUACGACCUAACCGUACGGGACUGCUACUUCCACGACAUCCCGGGGGCCGCCGUGCACCUCGCCGGCGGCACCGCUCGAGCCCUCCUGGAACGCAAUUACGUGGCCCGCACCAACUUUGGAUUCAAUCUUGGAUUCGCCACGGAAUUCGAGUACAUGGAUUCUAUCAACAACCCCGCUCUGUACGAAUCCAUCAACGCCACGGCUCGCAACAACAUCCUCACUGCCCUGGGCCAGGCGGGGAUCAACGUGUGGGCGAGCAAGGGCGCCGUCAUCGCGCACAACACGAUCUGGCAGGCGCAGGAGAGCGCGCAGAGCUGCAUCCUGGUGGCGGCCUACAGCCAUGACUACACGCCCUCGGGGCCGCUGCAGACCCGCUGCUGGGGGCUGACGGUGUGGGCGAAUGUGGUGGUGCGCUCGGCGACUGCCCGGCCCGGACCCGUGGUUCAGAUCCGGGAGGCGGGACUGGACCCGGGCAGCCCGCUGGUGUUUGGCCACAAUGUGUACUACGACCAGAACGGUCCGGGUCCCGCCGCCUUCCAGUGGGGCAAGGGCGCCAUGCUGGAGGACGAGCGCGCCAACAGCACCUUCGUGGGAAACGCCACCGGCUGGGCCCGCCACUGCAGCACCACCCUCAAGCAGCCCUACUGCGACGUUAACAGCGUGGAAGCCGACCCGCUGCUCAACCCCUCCUUCGGGCCCCGCACCUGCAGCCCCGCGCGACUGCGAGCCAACACCACGCUGCCCUCCGGAUUGGCCCUGGUGGCGGACGACUUCCACGGUCGGGUGCGACCCACGGGUCGUUUCGAUGCCGGCGCGGUGCAGUCUGACGCGGUUGGAGCCACCAAGACGCUGCCGCCUGUGCCAGCUGUCUUUGCCAACAUUUCGGCGUUCAAAGGUAUUGGUACGAUAGGUCCUGUGUACGACAAAUCAUGGCCGUACCAGUUCUGGUUGAGUCGUACAUGUAAGGACUUGUACGUGGACGCGCUGUACGGCAAUGACAACCAGGCCUUCAACUACGACUCCAACUACACCUCCCCCUUCAAGACGCUCCAAAAGGCCCUCGAGAACAUCAACCAGUGCGAUCGCGUUCUGCUGCGGGGCGGCCAGAGCCACCCCGGGCCUGUUGGGAUCUACCGUCCCAAUGUCACCAUCACCACCAACCCAGCAGACCUGGCCACCAAGGGUCGCGCUACACUCGUCUGUAACAACACUGGAGUCACGCCGUGCGUCAGGACGGGUGAUGGUUUCUAUGGAGGUGCUGCGGCGCUGAAUCUGUUUGAGUUUGACGUCAUCAUGGCGGGUACGGCAGCCGGCAGCUGCAUCCAGCUGAACGAGGGGUCCGGCGGCGGCAGCACCGCCUACUGGUCGUACUACCUGGCGGCUAGCGGCAGGGCGGCAACUGCUCCCAAGGUGUCGUACAUCAAGAACAUGACCCUCAGCAGCUGUGGCCUGCACGGCGUCAAGCUGAGCACCUUUGUGCGCGGCGUCACCCUGCAGGGCCUCACCAUCCGGGCCCCUCGGGACACGGGAGUGGAGGUGCGGGGAGGCGGCGACCUGGUCGUCUCUUGCAGCAGCAUCCUCAGCCCCGGGGGCACCGGCAUACGACUGGGCGGCGGGGCGCGCAAUGUGCUAGUGGAGAGGAACCUCAUCAGGAGCUACGGCGACCGCGGCAUCCUGCUGGGCAGCGACGUGACGGAGGUGGCCUACAUGGAUGUGGACUGGGCGCUGUCGCAGUCGCCGCAGCCCGACUGGCAUGACAGCAUCAACACCACUGUGCGGAACAACAUCCUGGACGGCGGCAGCGGAGCAGGCAUCGCCUUCUACUCUGCUCUUGACGCCGUGGUCGUCCACAACACCCUGCUAGGGGUGGCUGCCCGCAUGCAGGCUGGGGUGCUGCUCAGCGUCAGUCCCAAGCAGCUCGGACCCACCAGCGAGACGGCCGCGCCCAACGCCAACAUCACCUUCCGCAACAACAUCCUGACGCUAGGCGGCUCUAACAACCUCAUGAUUGAGGCGCGUGUCGUACAGGGCGGUACGGUCAACAAACAGCUUGUCGUACAGCUGCCUAACAGCACCUGCCCUGCUGCUGCUGCUGCUACGGGGCGGCGGGCGCUGGCCGAGCACCAACCCUGCCAGGGCCACCACCACCCCCGCCGAGUGCUGCGGGAGCGGCUGCUGGAUGCGACAGAGGCCGGGGAGGCGGCUGCGGCAGGAGAGGUAGACGAGGUAGUAGUUGGUAGCCAUGACGAGGAGGAAGAGGAAGUGGAGGAGGAGGAGGAGGUGGGGUUGCAUGACGGCGCAGCAGCUCCGAGGCGGCAGUUGGCGGGACAGACGUUUGCGCGGGCUUACGUGAAUGCGCCCGGCGAGCAGGGCCGCAGCGCGGACGGCUCCUGCCCGCUGCUCCCGGCGGACAACGCCUGGCACCAGGACGUGAGCUCGCUGCCGGUGCACCCGAACAGCGAGGCCAUCAAGAAGAACAUCGGCUCGGGGAACCUGCACCCGGACUUUGGCGGGGGCACCACUGUUAAUGGCCAGCGUGUGCUGUACGGCAUUCCUUUCAUCACAGUGGACAGCAAGCGGGGCACACCCCUUGUGCCGGUCGACAUAUCUCCCUCGGGCUACCCUUCCGAGUCCGACACCUCCCCCGCCGGCUUCCCCAUCCCUCCUGACGCCCCGGUGGAGGGCGCCUACCCCAACUGCCCCGAGCCGCCCUGCGGGGGAGACCGCCACGUGCUCGUGCUGGACAACGCCACAUGCCUGCUGUACGAGAUGUGGAGGAGCUUCCCCCCCGCUCUCAGCAGCACCGGCAGGUGGCGAGCCGACAUCCUCGCGCGCUUCAACCUCUCCCGCAACGCGCCGGGUCGGCCGCUGGGCUGGACCUCUGCUGACGCUGCCGGCCUAGCCAUCCUGCCCGGCCUGGUCAGGUGGGAGGAGGUGGUCGGCAGGGGCGUCAUCGACCAUGCCAUUCGCUUCACCGGACCCAACUCCCGCAAGGCCUACGUGCCCCCCGCCACGCACUUUGCGCCCGCUGGCUACCAGGGCCCGGAUGCACCCCCCAUGGGGCUGCGCGUGCGGCUCAAGGAGGAGUACGACUGUAGCCAGCUGGCACCGGCGGCGCGGGUGUUUUGUACGGCACUGAAGAAGUACGGCGGGAUAUUUGCGGAUAAUGGCAGCCCCUGGUAUUUCACAGGUGAAGCCACAGCCAAGUGGGACGUCGUACUGCCACAGCUGUCCGACAUCUCCCGGAUCCCCUCCUCCGCACUGGAGGUGCUGGACACCGGCUGCCUCUGCGUCACCGCGGACUGCUCGCUGGCGGAGUGCGACGGCAUCCCCAACGUGGACCCGAACGCACUGCCGGUCUACCCCGCCGUCGCCAACCUUUCCAGCCUCUCAUUCGCCAACAACAUCUACUCCACCACCUCUUCACCCCCCGCUGCUGCUGCUGCUGGCCGUUACGUGGACCGCCGCGUGCCGCCGCUGGGACCGGGCUACGACGGCGUCCUGGCUGGCUGGAAGACCCACACUAGGGGUGAGGCGGGCAGCUUGGAAGCCGCCCCGGCGCUGAACGGCAGCAGCUAUCAGCCGCUAGCAGGCAGCCCGGCGAGGAAGUCAGUGCCGCGGCUGGCUGCUGCGGCGGAGGACUACUAUGGCAGGGCUCGAGCGCCCGUUGGCAACUGGACGGAUGCGGGUGCGGUGCUGGGUUAGGCAAUGCGGUGUUGCCGUACGGCCAUCUGGUCCUGUGGCUUUUGACUCUUGCCGUGCUAGCUGUUCUUACUUGCGGAGUUCGGCAGAUAGGGCAGUUUUGUAGGCGUUGAGCCCCAAGCUGGAGUCGGAUUCAUGCAUGUGUACAUGCCGUGCCUGUGGGAUUCUUUUUGAGUAACUUACAGAAUAAUCUACAUACAACGGUUGGGCCACUGCAAGUAUGGCUGCUGGUGACUCGACGUGCGCAUGGUGAGCAAUAUAGAAGAUGCUGGUUAGUGAUUUACUUAUGUUUUGGUUUUUACACGCAUGUCGUACAUGCUAUUCUCCUGACCCGACCCUGGGACCUAUGCCUAUAGUGCUGAGUGCAUGGGGUAUGACGUAUGUGAUAUGGUCGUGGUAUGUCCUGUAAUCUAUUACACUUGACCCAUUUUCCAGUAUGUACCGAACUGCUGUGAGCAGGUCGUGGUAUAGACUACUUCUUUCCUACGCCCAGGAGUAGUCUAGGCUAGGCCGUUGGCCAUGACACAACCCGCGGCUACGCGGCGCCCAUGUAAGAUCCUCUUUCUUAA